UAUAUAAAUACAUUUGUAUGUGUGCAUAAAAAAGUGAUUUUUUUUACUGCUGGGAUUACAAACGUGUUUUCUUUUGGAUUUCAAUAAAUAACACGGCCAAACGUGCGCAAAAGUUAGGCUGAAGCUUCAAUUCAUUGGCACACACCCAGCCCCAAGCACCAGCAAACCUCACAAACUGAAAAAGAAAGAAGAUAAACGACGGUCACACACUGGAGUCACAAAUACCAUAAACAUUCCAAGAAUUGUGUAGAGUACUAAAGCUAAACAAGCAGCAGCAACUUCUACCCCACAUACCGCUCUGGCUGAAACAGCAUGUCACAUGAUAAGAAAAUGUUGGAUCGCGAAGCAGUACGUUCAGUUAUACAGCAAUGGAAUGCCAAUCGUUUGGAUCUGUUUGCUCUCUCCGAGCCAGACGAGAAUCUGCUCUUCCAUGGCGUUAUGCGCUUUUACUUUCAAGAUGCCGGCCAAAAGGUGGCCACCAAAUGCAUUCGCGUUGCCAGCGAUGCAACAGUCACAGAUGUCAUAGACACACUCAUUGAAAAGUUUCGUCCCGAUAUGCGAAUGCUAUCAGUGCCUAAUUAUGCGCUUUAUGAGGUGCAUGCCAAUGGCGAGGAGCGUCGCCUCAAUGCGGAUGAAAAGCCGCUGCUAGUGCAGCUCAAUUGGCACAUUGAUGAUCGUGAGGGUCGCUUCUUGCUCAAGAACAUUGAUCAAAAGACAACUCCCAUUGAGCAGUCCGAGCUGAACUUUAAGCGCAAGCUGUCAAAGCGCGAGAAGAAGGAGCAAAAGAAAAAGGAUAAACUUGCCAAGCUGGGCUCCGAUGCGCCACAGUCCAAUGGCAGUCAAUUGGGGCUGGGCAAUGGCAUUGGCAGCGCUGGCUCAACGGCGCAUAUGAAUGGCAGUGUGGGCGUGGCUGGUGGCGCUGAUGCUGGCGAUGCUGUGGCUGGCAAACUUUAUACGGAGCUGCCAGAAACGUCAUUUACACGCUCGAUCUCAAAUCCGGAGGCGGUAAUGCGCAGACGGCGACAGCAGAAGCUGGAAAAGAAGCUGCAGCAGUUUCGUUCGCGUGACGGCGGUCCCGAUACAGGCGGCACACUAAAGAUCUAUGGCGAGAGCCUUUGCCAGGAUGUGCCCUACAAGACGCUGCUGCUGUCCAUACGCGAUUGCGCUCAAGCUGUAGUGAGGGAAAUGCUCACCAAGUAUGGACUGGAAAAGGCAGAUCCGCUGCAAUAUUGUCUAGUGCAGGUAAACAGCGAUGGAACGGAGUACAUACUCGACGAUGACGAGUGCCCGCUAUCGAUACUCAUGAAUCAUCCAACGUCGCGCGGUUCCAUAAUGUUCCAUGUGCGACGCCGUCCGGCGGACUCGCAGCCAAGACGACGCAAGAAAAAGCCACUAGGCGCUGCGAAUGGCGCGAAUCACACAAGCGGCGAUCGUGAGGGUCCAGUGCUGGUCGAAGUGACGCACAGCGGCGACGGCGGCCGACGCAUUAAGCUGGGCAGCGAUCCCGUCGAGGUUGGCUCGGCAAAUACGAAUUGCCUGCAGUUAUUCGGACCCUCCAUACAGCCGCGACAUUGUCUCAUCUCGUUGCAUGAGGGCGUCUGUACGGUCACGCCGCUGCAUACGGAUGCGCUGACCUUUGUCAAUGGCCACCACAUUAGUCAGCCGACUAUUUUGCAUAACGGCUCAGUUGUGAUGUUCGGACGCGUCGCCUCGUAUCGCUUUCUGGACUCACCCACUGAUGGGCGCUACAAUUUGGCGCUGUCGCAAUCCCAGCUCGACUCUGCCUGCCUAUACGAGAGUCGCUCUCCAAUGUCGCCUGGCUCCUGGAACGAUGAGGAUGGCGCGCUGAGCUCUACACAUAAAAGUGAAUAUGAGCAGCAGCAGUUAUUGAGCCAAUCUAGCGCUGGCUUGCACAACAAUUCCGCAGAGCAUACGCUGCAUUCAUUGCGUGAUGUUGUCGAUAGCAAGGAUCAACUGCAGCAGCAGCAGCAGCAACACCAUCAACAACAGCAGCACCAGCAGCAGCAGCAGCAGCAACAACAACAUCAGCUGGAUGGCCAGAGCUUGGAAGGUAAUCUGGAGAAUGAAACUAAAUCCAUAUCAAGCAUGAAAUCCAGUGGCUCCAAUAGCCAGGACAGAUCGCCCAAGAUGCCUGGCGCUGGCUUGAUGACGGCUGCGGGCAGCGGCUCUGGCGAUAAUCAAGGACAGGAGCCCAUUUUGCCCGCCGUUUUGGAAUUUCCGGAAACACAUCAGGAGCUGUUCUUGCGUCACAUCAUCAGUGAACUGGAUGUGAAUGUGCCGCACUUUAAACUGGCGCCAGUCUAUUCGCUUUAUCUGUGUGCCAGAUAUCGCGCCUCCACCCACUACCGUCCGGAGCUGCAGCCCACAGAGCGCGCUCACAAGUUGACCAUAUUUCUGCAUCAUGUGGCCAAUCUGGUCUACGGCGUAGUCCAAGAGCAGUACACAGAUGCGCGUAUAUUGGCAUUCUGGAUGGCCAACAGCUCGGAGUUUCUGCAUUUUCUUAAAUCGGAUCGUCACAUUAGCGCGUUUAGCGUGCAGGCUCAGGAUGUGCUCGCUGAGGCGGUGCAGACGGCAUUUCGCAAUUUGGUCAACUGUUUUCGCUUGGAGCUGUCGCAAACGCUCAAUCAAUUUCUGUCGGAAACGAUUGAUCAUGACUCGGCUGCUGGACUGGUGCUCACUGUUCUGGGCUCUGCCAUGGCGCUGCUGCGUCGCUGUCGCGUCAACGCUGCGCUGACCAUUCAGCUGUUCUCGCAGCUCUUUCACUACAUCAAUGUCAUAUGUUUCAAUACGAUUGUGGCCAAUUCGCACAUGUGCACGGCGGAGUGGGGACGCGUGAUGACGGAGCGACUGCAGCUGCUGGAGCUUUGGGCUGAGCGUCAGGGGCUUGAACUAGCGGCCGAUUGCCAUUUGGCCAAGAUAAAUCAAUGCGCGCAAUUUCUGCAGGCGCCCAAGUCCUCGGUGGAGGAGAUACAGCAGCUGGCUUGCUCCUGCUUUCGCUUGAACUCACUGCAAAUGGCAGCGCUGCUGCAGCUGGAGAAAAUACCGCGCAAUCUGGUGGACACAGCCAUACGCAUGGCUGAGUCUGUAGCGGAUGAGCUGACGCGUGCGGAUGGACGCGAAGUGCGGCUGGAGGAGUCGCCCGAGCUGCACUUGGCGCUGCUGCUGCCCGACGAUGGCUUCAGCUGCGAUGUGGUGCGUGGCAUACCCAGCGGCCUGGUGGACUUUUUGAAUCCGCUGCAGCAGCAGGGCAUGUGCCGUCUGGCAGCGCAGCCCACAUCGAUUGGUCUCUGGACCGUUUACAUGCAUCAAUUUAAUCAGGCACGCAGCUCCAGCGCCAUGUCCAACAAGCUGCCACAGCCGGAGGUGCAGCUGAUUAAGCUGCAUAAGAAUAGCAAUGGCAUGGGCUUGUCCAUUGUCGCAGCCAAAGGCGCUGGCCAGGAGCGUUUGGGCAUUUAUAUAAAGAGCGUUGUGCCUGGUGGCGCCGCCGAUGCGGAUGGACGUUUGCAAGCGGGCGAUCAACUGCUGCGCGUAGAUGGGCAAAGUCUCAUUGGCAUCACUCAAGAGCGUGCUGCUGAUUAUUUGGUGCGUACUGGUCCAGUGGUUAGCUUGGAGGUGGCCAAGCAGGGUGCCAUUUAUCAUGGGCUAGCCACGCUGCUGCAGCAGCCCAGUCCCGUUAUACAGCGUGGUAAUCGCCGCAUGUCCGAGCGAGAUUUGAGUCGCAUGGGCGGCGCCGAAUCGUCCAAAUCGUUGGGCGGCAUCGGUGGUCCGCUCAUUGCGAACAGCCACACGAGUCACAGCGUCAAUCAGCACCUAAAUUUGAGCAAUAGCAAUAUCAACAACAUGAGCAACAACAACCACAGUCAUAGCCAUAACAACAACAACAACAGUAGUAUGAAUCCCUUAGCUGCACACCUGCCCAAUAGUAAAUCGGUGCCGGCCCUGCAUCAUCACACGGGAUCAGGCAACAUAUCGUUGGCCAAUUCCAAAUCCCGCAGCACGCACAGUUUGCAUAACAAUGCUGGAGCAGGCGUGGGGCAGUUGAAUGGCAGCAGCCACAACAAUCCAAACACAAUGCCAAAUGGCAAUGCUAAUGGAAAUGUCAACGAGCAGGGCUUCUAUCAGAAUCUAAGCGUGUAUCGUGCACAAAAUCAAAGCCAGCCAAUUUUAAACGAAAGACCGACAAUGUCUGCACAUGCCGCCAUGAGCGCAUACAAUGGAAAUUCCCCGCAUGCCGCCGCCACGCUGCAACAGCAACAACAACAGCAGCAGCAGCAACAACAACAGGCAUCGGCUUACCAGCAACAUUUGCCGCAGGGCAACGCUAAUUUACCACCCACGCGCCCCGUUUCCGCUUAUUAUCACAGCCAGCAAACUGCACAGCAACAGCUGCAACAACAGCAGCAGCAGCAACAACAUGCACUACAGCAACAGCAAUUUGCUCACAGCAGCAGCAAUCUCAAUGGCCAACACACGCUUGGCAAUCGCGCUAAGAAUCAGCCAAACUUUCAACAUACUUUGCGUCUACAGCAAAUGCUUGGACCCUCCAUGCCCAACAUUAGCAACAUGUAUCAGCAACAACAACUGCAGCAGCAACAACAACAACAACAGCAGCAGCAGCAACAGCAAGCCGCUCAUCAGCAGCUGCCCAUGAGCAGCAGUCAGAGCAUGCAGAACGUCAAUGAAUUUGUGCCUGGCUAUCAAAAUGGCGGACUGGAUUAUCAGCAACAUGCGCGUCGCAGUCAGCUGCAUGAAGCUGCUGCGCUCUACGAACUGCAACAGCAGCAACAGCAGCCAUCGCCCAACUUUAUAACUUUGCCACCGAAGCCAAUGGGCAGUCUGCAGUCGCCCAGCAAGCCAGCAGCACCGCCCAGCACCGCGCCCAAGCCACAGCAGCAGCAGCAACGACUGCAGCAACAGCAACAACAACAGCAGCAGCAGCAGCAACAACAGGCUGGUUAUUUGCCCACUCAUGCAUUGGGUGAGGAUAAGCCACCACUGCCGCCCACUGCAACGCAUCCGCUGUUCAAGAGCGCCCAGCAGCUGGGGCCUGGCAUGAACUAUGUGGCCAGCACACUGGAUCCACCCAAGGGCAGCUACUUGCCGGCGAAUCAAGCGGCUACGCGUUCACUGCAUAGUGGCGGCAAUCCCUGGGAGCGAGAGGAGCGUGAGAAGGAUUUGGAAAUGCGACGCGAGCACAUACGUCAGUGGCGUGAGCAGCAAAUCUCUGAGCUGUCGGUCAUCAUGGCGCGCACGCCGCAGCAGGAGGAGCAACUGAAAACGCUCAUACUGGAGCGUGACUUUGAGCGACGUGCGCAAGAGUUGCAAGAGCAGGAGGAUCAGGACCAAGAGCAGCCAUACGACAAGGACAAUGUACAAGAACUAUUUCGUCUGUCAGCCAGCGGCCAGGUCAGUGCCAUACAAACGCCCAUCACCAGCUAUCGCCAAACGGAGAUCAAGUUGGCUGAAAUAAGCGAAAGCAAUGCUGUGGAAACAGUCACAGCAGCAGCAGCAGCAGCAGCACCACCACCACCACCAGCAGCAGCAGCAGCACCACAACUAGCACCACCAGCCACAGUCAGCACACAGCAGCCCAAGAGCAUACUCAAAAAUAAUCGUUACUCUGAAAGCGGCGCUGGCAAUGCGGCAGCCGGUGCGCCCUCCUCACCCUCAAAGUCACAAAAGUCCGCCAGCUUUGCCGACGACCGUCAUCUGCAGACAGAGCAUCCCAUUUGUAGUCUGGGCAGGGAGCUAACCCAGCUCUGCAUGCUCGACAAGGAUAACAACAAUGAGACAGUGCUGGAUGCGGUGGUGCCACCGCCGCCGCCACCCGAACGCAACAGCUCAUAUCUGAUUAUGUCGCAACAGAAGCUGCGUGGCAGCAUUGGCGGCAACUCCUCCAUGGGUCUGCUAAAAACGGCCACCAGCAAUCAAGCAGCAUUGCAUAGCACAACGGCAACCAACAACAAUAAUAACAACAACAACAAUUUGAGUGGCAGCCUUAAUAACAACACCAUGCAGGCAUCGCCGCUAAGCGCUAUGGAAUUAAAUGCUGCCUAUGUCUCUGCCACAGGCGGUGGCAUGGGCUUUAGCACGCCACCCCCGCUGCUGCAGCGAGACAACAAACGUGUGAGCUUCCACGACGAGGACAACAACAACCAGCAGCAACAGCAGCUGCUGCUGCAGCAGCAACAACUGCAACAGCAGCAGCAACAAUAUUUGCUCGAUAGCUAUGCGUUAGAGCAUCAGGAUUUGGACACCAUACGCGAAGAUGCGAGUUAUUUGCAGCACAGCAUUGAUGCCUCCAUGUUGCCGUCAAUGCCUGCAACGCCGGAUGCAGCACUUUGGAACACCACGGUGCAAUCAACGCCGGGCGUCAUAGGCGCCCAGGAGGUUUACAGAGAUCCGCGCACACGUCGCUUGGCUGAGAAGCAGCAACAGCAGCAGCAACAACGUGCCGGCGAUGCAGUGCCCGAGAAGCUGUCGUUCAAGGAAAAGAUGAAAAUGUUUGCGCUAGAGUCUGGUGAGGAUAAUACGCCCAAGGAUAAGCUGAAAAUAUCGCGCGCGCAGCGAGACAUCGAUGCAGUCCACUGAGAGCUGAGAGCUUCAACACAAUAGUCGAUCUACAAUAGAGCACUAUGUACAUAUCUAUAUAGAAAAGCACACACAUACAAUCACACACACCAUUACAUACAUAGACCUAACAAGUACUCAGUUGAAUUGGGGGCCAAGUUGUUAACCAUUUAGUUACCAUAGAGAGAACCAAUUACGAAUAACCUAACGAAUUUGCUAAGCAAGGCAAUAUACAAUCCAAUCCAACAGUUAUCGCCUAACGAUUUGUAGUAGUAGUAGUAAAGAGUUGUUUAUGACAAAAACGUUAACUGGAAUCAAUUAGUGAAAAGCAAAAUUAGCAUAUUCAACUAACUAUAUAUACAUACUUAUAUGUAAUACUUAUAUCUAACUAUUAUCGAGCCUACAUUGGGCAACGAAAUUUGGGUGAGCCACAUUUGUAAAGCGUUUUAAACAAACAAGUAAACAUACUUAUAGAUAUAUGAGAUAUAUAACAAACUGUUGCAAAUAAUUCAUAUGUUCAUUAUAUAAUUAUGUAAAUUAUGUGCGUUAGUUAAGCGUUAAGUAUUUAACUGGGAAAUGUGCGGAACAACAACAACAAAAAUAACAAACAACAAGUAAUGUUUAUUAUUAUUAUUAGAGAUUUUUAAGCCACGAUGUCAUAAAACAAAUGGUCCAAUUAUUCAAUUAUGAAACUAAAAGUAAAAGAAAGACAAAGCAAAUCUAUAUAUAUUUACAAGAAACAACAAAA